CCGUUGACUCUGCAUCCUCUACGGCGCUAGGCAGAUGUACCCCAGACACGAGCCAAAGCUUUGUUCACCAGUGCAUCCCCCUCUACUCGUAUCUCGGCCUUUGAGAGUUGCGUUAUUGGCAUUCGACUCUUCACGCCCACUAUGGAGCAAUCAGCACUCCCAAUUGCUGCGCGGGUCUGCACGGCUUGGUAUCUUCAAGCUAUGCCCAACCUGUAUCGCGCCAUCGAGAUUCGUUACCGCGGGAGCUAUGCAAAAGCUAGCCAAGAUGUCUCUCGCCGCACCGCGCGCGAAGGAGGGUCUCAUGGCCGUGCUCGGGGUCAAGGCGUUCGAUCUAGACACGUUGGCCGUUCACAAGCGAGUACGGAAGGACAGACGGUUCAUCCAGCAACGUUUCCUCUCACUUGUUCAUCUGGCCCCCGGAAUCCGAUCCCCAUCUGUUGAUCACUUCGUUGCGCGCGUUUCGAUCACCUCUCGCACUGUAAGUCCGUCCACACGCUGCGGCGUUCGGCGUGUACUUACGUUCCACAACAUCUCACAGCCGUUGCGGACAAUCUGCGCCUUUCCCCAUCUGGAGGAGGUUGCUCUGUGGAAGAUCAACUUCGUGGGCUCGCAAGAUAUGGCACCCCGGCCGCUGACGUCCGAUCCCUCGAGUGCGACAUGAUUUGCACGUUUCCCUGAUCAGUGACGUCGAACGGGACAACACGGUGUGCAUGCGCGUACGC